AUGGACGUCCCUUCGUUGAAAGAAACUCACCCUCAGAAGCAUUAUUUCAAAACUCUGUGCAAGUUUAUUUAUUACCUAGGUAUGGGGGACCUUUGGUACGAAAAAACCGAAGUUUCAGACAAAAAGAAGAAACUAUAUUCAGCUUGGAGAAUAAUUAUGAAUGGGUAUAUCCUCAUUGUCUUGCUUGAUGAACUUCUGGCUUAUGCUCGUAAAGACUUGACGGACAGAGAAAAGAAUGACCUGGUACAAUUUACUUUUGCCCAUCCCUUGAUAUACUGCAAAGUGCUACCGUUGUAUAUCUGGCAGGAUCGCAUCAAGGACGUUAUGGAACGUCUUCUGGAAGGUUCUAGAUCAACGUUUCAUUCUCUGGAGCUGGAGAAAUUGUCUGUCAAACAGUAUACGAGGCACUGCUUAACUUUGACGACAGUUUCUUAUGUCACUCUGGUUUCUGCUUCCAUUGAAGGCAUAAGGCUUCAUUUUAUAGAAGACAUCCCAAUUCGCACAGAAGUAGUCUACUUCCCCAAUCCAUCUCACACGGGCUUCAUCAUCAAUAUCAUUCGAUUCUUCAUCGAGUUCCACUGGUAUUGCAUCGUCGCCAUGAUGGUGACCACCGACUGUCUAGCCCUGUGUUCUCUUUUGACUGUAGGCCAUAAGUUCAGGGUAUUAAGGUUGUAUUUCCAAAACCUGAGGGAAAGGACUUUGGAGAAAAAAGGGGAUAAGACGAAGGCACAGCUUGAGGAGGAGUUUAUACAGGGUUUCGUGGUUGGGAUUAAAUUGCAUACUGAUGCUUUGUGGUGUGCCCGUAACGUGCAGAAGUCUAUGAGUCCUUUGUACAGCGUCCAAGUUACGGAAAGCGUUGCCUUACUCGUCAUGUGCCUCGUAAAAAUGGUGGUGGCAGAACGUAAUUUCACGUACCUAGUAGCGAACUUCGCAUUCAUCAGUUGUCUUAUAGUACUGACUGGAUCUUACAUGAUGGCUGCCGGAGACAUCACUCAUGAGGCUUCACUAGUAGGCACGUCGAUAUUCCACAGCGGUUGGGAGCACUGCCACUGCCGGUCUGAUCUCCGAGCGCUGGCUGUAGUGGCACUGCAAAUGAGUCAGGUGCCAGUCUACAUGACUGCCUUUGGAGUCAUCACUUUGUCCUAUUCUAAUUUUAUAUCGGUAAUUCGGUCGUCAUACUCUUUCUUCGCAGUUAUGUAUUAA